CCGGAUACCAAGGCAGCAUUGCUCGAUGGUCAAAAGAAAGAUCACAUCCCGUGGACCCAGGCUAAAACUCAAGCAAAAUGACACCCAAAGUCCAUCUGACACCGCUCUCCAAGCUGCGCGUUAGCAGGCAUCAAAUCCCGUCAUACGCGCUCCUGCCCAACACCAGCAUCCAGCAAAAGCCGUUGCUGAUCUACCACACGGCAUUCUCGACGAACACGUCGGCGUCGGCGAUCGAGGCGCACCUGGCGUCGACGGGCGUGGUGACGCCGCAAUGGCGCUACAGCAUGUACACAACGACGCACUUCCACAGCACGACGCACGAGGUGCUGUGCAUCAGCUCCGGCAAGGCACUGCUGUGCUUCGGGGGCGAGCACAACGAGGGGCGCGUCGAGCCCGUGGUGCAGAAGGGGGAUGUGGUCGUGGUGCCGGCGGGCGUGGGCCACCGGCUGCUGGAGGACCGCGAGGGCGGCUUCGAAAUGGUGGGGAGCUAUCCGAAGGGCUGCAACUGGGACAUGUGCUAUGGCAACGAGGGCGAGGAGGACAAGGUCAAGGGGAUUGGGGGCUUGGGAUGGUUCGAGCGGGAUCCGGUGUACGGCGACCAGGGACCAGCGCUGGAUGUUUAGAUGCACAAGUUACAACAUGAAUGUGAAGCCGUACAUACUUUGGUUGUGAAGGGGGGCGGCACAGUGGUGGGCGGGCGUAGGGCUGAGCCAGCGGUCCCCGGGAUUUGCCGCGGCAGGCAACCCCGUCCAGCUGUUCCACUGACGCCUGGUGCUGCUCGACCUUUAGGCAACUUGCCUUUCACUAACCUCCCCUCCAU